AUGGCUACCCAUACCGAAUCUGCGGUACACGACCUGCAAACGACCGCCCUGGAAAACCUCUGGGUGUACCUGCGGGAACCCAGCGACAUGGCCGAGAAAGGUGAACCCCAGAUCUUCGUGGAAGGCAAGGGUUGUCAGGUCACUGACGCCUUGGGCAACACCUACAUCGACGCCAUGUCGGGCCUCUGGUUGAAGAACGUCGGAUAUGGCCAGAAGGAAAUUGCGGACGCGGCCUACGAGCAGAUGCUCAAGAUCACCUAUAUGCCCAUGGGCACCACCACCGAACCUACGGUUAGGCUGUCCGACAAAAUCGCGUCCAUGAUGCCCGGUGAUCUUUCCCGCUGCUUCUUCACCAGCGGGGGUUCCGAGUCGGUGGAAACCGCGUUGAAGUUGUCCCGCGCGUAUUUCAAGCGGAUCGGCGAACCUCAGCGCACCAAAUUCAUCAGCCGCAAGGACUCGUACCACGGCGCCACCAUGGGCGCGAUGGCCCUGGGGGGCAACUUUCUUUACCCCAGGGACGACUACGAACCCUUGAUGCCGAAUACAUUCCACGCUCCACAGCCCAACUUCUAUCGCUGCGAGUUCAACAGCGAAACGCCGGAAGAAUGUGGUCAACGUUGUGUGGACGCAAUCGAGAGCAUCAUCCGGUUCCAGGGACCGGACACCGUGGCGGCGGUUAUCGCCGAACCCAUCUCCAGCCCCAUGGGAGCAGUGGUGCCGCCGGACAACUAUUGGCCCCUGCUUCGGGAAGUUUGCGACAAGUACGGCUGCCUGUUGAUCGCCGAUGAGGUCAUCACCGGUUUUGGCCGCACCGGCAAAUGGUUCGGCUGCAACCAGUGGGACGUCGUUCCUGACAUGAUGACGGUGGCAAAGGGCAUUACCAGCGGAUACAUCCCCAUGGGGGGAACCAUACUUCGCAAGCCCAUCGCCGACGCCUUUGUGGGCGGCCCCAAGGCGGCCUUCCGACACGUCAUCACCUUCGGCGGGCAUCCGGUAGCCGCUGCGGCUUCCCUGAAGAAUUUGGAAAUCAUGGAGCGGGAAGGGAUGGUGGAGAAUUCGGCCCGGAUGGGGAAAUAUCUGCUGGACGGUCUCGAAGAGCUGAAGGAAAAACACUCCAUCAUCGGCAACGUCCGUGGCCUGGGUCUCAUGUGCGGGCUGGAGUUGGUGAAGGACCGGGAGACCAAGGAAUACUUCCCUGCCGACGCCGGUCUGGGUCCGAGGUUGACCCAGGGCUUUGCCGACAAUGGCCUCUUCCUGCGCGGCGGAGACCUCAUGAACAUAAUGCCGCCCCUGUGCGUCACGCCCGGCGAGAUCGAGCAGAUCGUGUCCACGAUGGACAACGUGAUCGGUCAGGUGACAUCAGACCUGGGAGCGAAAUAA